AUGACGGCAGUUGAUAUGGCAGACGAAACCAUCGAAAUGCUUCACCCAGCUUGGGACGCUGCUCUUAUUGUCGCCGACGCAAACUCGCAGAAGAAAUUCCUCGUUUCUUCUCAUGUUCUGAGAAUUGCUUCCACAUACUUCAGUACCCUCUUCACUUCUAAUUUUGAGGAAGGCACCAAGAUUCAGAAUGGAUUGCGGCCAGAGAUUUGCCUGCAAGACGAUAGCCCGGAUGCAAUGGAAGUCAUCCUCUCCAUUCUUCACUACAAGUAUAAGAGCGAGUGGUACACAAUUAACGCCAAAUGCUUCGCAAUCAUUGCCAGGCAUUGCGAUAAGUACUGCUGCACUGAGUCACUCAAGCCAUGGGUGGAUAGAUGGCUUGCCCAUUUGGGCCGCACAAUCGAGCGUCGGGACAUUGGAUACCUCUUGGCAGCCACUUCCGCUGUUGGAGAAGCAGUGCCCUUCCAGAAGAUUUCACAACUAGCCGUGCUAAAACUGCCUCUCGACUAUGACUUCAGCUCUUGGUCUAAGAUCGAGACGUUGGCUUCCCUUUCGGAAGAGAUCACUAGAUACAUAACUUGGAAGACGAAGGAAGUUACCAUGCGUCUCUACUCUCUAUUGCAGGAGACAGUCACAAGCUUGGCAACGAACCAAUCCGACAUCAGCCGGAUGCACAGUUUCCGCUGCAUCAAGUGCCUUCGCGUUUACGAAAAGAGUCGGUCACCAAACUGCCCAAAAUGCCCACUUGGCGAAGGCGAGCGACCCGGCGCAAGAGACUACCAAAUGUUUUGUUGCUCAGAAACCCGCGUCGCCGAGUGCACACUCAUCUUGACAAAGCAUCAGCUCUAUCCGAAUGAGAAGGCCUGGCGAAAGGGUCCGAUUGCUGAGAUCGUCCGCCGGUUCAACAUGGUUCGGGAGACACGCACUCACGAGUGCGACUUUGACCAGCAAUGUCCCUUGAGGAAGCGACUGGUAGAGCUGGAGGAGGCAGUAGUCGACGUGAUUGAGGGCAUCCAGGGUCAAAGUCUGAGACCUCUCGUCGCGGAGGAGCCUGUCAUCCGAUCUGGUGAUGAGGGUGAAGAUGAGGCCAAUUGA